UGAGCUUGUUUCACUUGCCAGCUGCCUCACUUCCAGUCGAACUGAGGUGAAAUGAGAGGAGAGUCGUGCCGCUAAAAGGUCUCCCACCAUCACUUUGGACGACUUGUCUGUGUUAUUCGUGGACGCUCUGUACUUCCUCCAUGAACGAGACAUUUAAUUGUCGGACUUUGGAUAAAGUUGGAGUUCGGCUGCAGCACAAUGUGACCACGCUGAGCUGAGACACUUCGGAUUUACUCGGUACCGUUUUAUUGAUCCACAGACGCGGCAUUCAAGAAUGGGAAAACUACAAUCCAAACACGCGUGCAAGCGCAGAGAGAACCCAGAAGGGGACAGUUUUGUUGUGAAUGCUUUCCUCCGGAGAGGCAUGGACGAAUCUGAGCGCUAUGGAGGGAUGGAUCACAAGAUGAAGAACGUGCAGGAGUUUCCAAAUGGGCAUAUGAAAACCGGACACCUCGCAGAUCAACACUGCCCCCUUGAGGUGGCUCUCCCUCCUGAGAAGGCGGAGGGAUGCGAGAACCACCUUCAGUACCUUCACGCUGAGGACAGGGAGCGAGAAAUGAAAGCGAGCGGGAAAAAACAAAUCAAUCUGGACGACUUGGAGUGUGAUGUUUCUGUGGAGGAUGACAACCGCCAGGAAUGGAUAUUCACACUUUACGACUUUGACAACAGUGGCAAAGUGACAAAGGAGGAUAUGUCCAGCUUGAUGCACACCAUCUAUGAUGUAGUUGACGCCUCGGUCAAUCACUCCUGCCAUCAUAAAAACAAGACGCUGCGUGUCAAGCUGACUGUCACUCCGGAGCCGAAAUGCCACAAAAGAGAAACGGAUCGCUGUCACCAAGAGGAAGGUCGUUCAGCUGACAAGCGCAUGUCGGCCUACAUCAGCAGCAGGGUCCAAAGCAAUGAGCCCCCAGCCACUGAAGGCCAGCAUUAUUGUGUGGAUGAGAACACAGAAAGGAGGAAUCACUACCUGGAUUUGGCUGGCAUAGAGAACUACACCUCCAGAUUUGAAGGAACGAGCCCUCCCCAGGAGAGUCACGGUCGAAGCUCCCAGAGCCAAAGUCGCUCUCGCUCCCACGAGCCAGAAGCACAACUCCUUCACCAGCGGCGCUCGCAGGUCAUCGGCGACAGCUACAACCCCGCAGAGCUUCGGGGAAAAGGAGCACAGUUCGUGAAAUCCCCCAAGGGAACCAACAAAGGAGGAAAUGGCGGCAGCGGUGGGGGCAAAUCCACUAAAUGUCACGCUUCCCACCCUCCCCUGCAAAGCAUGCUGCACAGUGGCGGCGCAGCCACCCACGGGGGUCAAGAUGUAUACCACUUACCGCACCAGGUCCAAGCCUCCGGCCACCAUCAGCACCCUCUACAAUACAGUCACAGCAAACGAGUCAGAGCCAAAGCCCGUGAGGCGCUCUCCCCGACCAAAACGCCUCUCUCCGCACAGCCUCACCCCCAGGGGCCACCCACUCUGCCCUCUGUGCUGCCAGGCCUGGAGAGAGAGCAGGUGUCCGGGCCCCCCGGCAGCCCCGGUUUUGUGGUUCCUGUGGUCCAGCGCCAUGAGCACCACCAUCACCAUGAACACCACCACCACCACCACUACCACCAUUACCACCAAACAUGACCACCUCCGCUUACUUCUAGUGUCCAGGACCAAGCACCACUCCCAGUCGAGGAUCUUCGUAUUCACCUCAUGCAAGCUAUACAGAUUAUAUCCUGACAUGUAUGGAGGAGUUUUCGAUUGUGAUGCUCAGCUAUAAUGGACCUGAAAGUUUUUUGAAGUUCUUGUGUCUCCUAAAAUGCUGUGUGGCACAGCUUUUUUUUUUUUUAAUCUUUGCUCGGGCUGCUGAACCUAUUUUCAGUAAUGGGAGCACACACACACACACACACACACACACAACCAUACACACACAAGAAAGUAAAAAACCAGGAGAACUUUGGUACCUGUUGUCCCCUCCUGAUGCUGUUUGUUGAUGGUCGUCGUCCCUGGAAGCAAAACGAGCCAUUCUGUGGGAGACCUCUCCCAAAAAAACAAAACAAAAAAAGAAACCUAAAAAAAAAAAAAAGGAUCUCAGGUGUAAAGGUGCUGCUUUUUCACAGAGGCCUCUUCGUCUGUGGAUUUAGGGGGGUUGGAGUUGAAAUAUGUGGGGAGGGGGUUUGUAAAAUCACCACUGCCAGUUUUUAUGCAAAAAAAAUAAAUCUUACUAUAUGUACUGUAUUAAAAAAAUAUAUAUAUAUAAACACAUUUUACUGUACAAUUAUGAUAACUAUAUAUGCAUACGUCAUUAUGAAUAUAAUUAUGCAUAUGUGUAUUUUUUUCUUAUAUAUAUUAUAAUAAACAUUAUAGAGUUCAUUUUA